AUGCCUGCAAUUGAAUCGAGGUCUGUAAGUCGUGAUGCGACUUUGACGUUUCAGGACUCGUUGUACCAGCACGCCAGAGCCAUGAGCCAUGUUUCGGUGCACUAUGGGUCUCAGAACAAUGACGUUCAGGCACUUCUGGAAGCUUUAGCUUUAGUUGCACGCAGCGGCCGCAAACUGAUUUUUUUGGGCACUGGAAAGUCGUUCAAGAUCGUACUGAAGUCCGUAGCGAUGCUUACAUCGCUGGGAAUAGACGCCCGCGAACUGCAUCCAAGCGAAGCGCUCCAUGGUGACAUGGGUGUGGUGCGACCUGGCGACGCCUUGUUGGUGUGUUCCAGCAGCGGCGAGACCCAGGAACUCGUGAGGUUCCUGAAACAUGCCAGAGCCGUGCUGGAGCCGUCCUUGACUGUCCUGGUGUCGUCAGGUACGCAUUCCACGUUGCACACACUCGUUGAUAGAGUCCUGUACGUCCCACAGCCACACGGAUUCCGCGAGACGACUUUGCAGCACGGAUUGCCGUCUCCCACCAUUUCCACGACGCUUAUGCUAUCGGUGUUGGACUCAUUUUGUUUGGCGCUUUCUGAAUUGUAUUACGACGGCGAUCUCGAGAAGCGGCUAAGGUAUUUCAAGAAAAUGCACCCUGGUGGUGGUAUUGGGAAACAGCUAGCUACCGUGGAUACGGUUGUGGGUCCCAAAGGAGCAGUCUCGCACGCUAACGGGGGCCCUUAUUUGGCUAGCAAAGAAGAAUGCCACAUUUCGUACGACGUCUCUGAAGGUUUAUUUUUGCAGUACGUGGUUGAAUUCGACUAUUGUGUGAUCGAGGGUAUACGAUACAGCUCGCAUGUGUUGCAGCACUGGUACCGGGCCUGGAAGCGUAUGUCGCGCGAAGAACAAUUGCAGCGCAAAUCCGCUUUGAACGGCAGCUGGAAUUUAGCGUGGGUGCUGGCACCUCAGUUGGCAACAGAGGCGCCUUAA